ACUCUACCAUCACUCCACAACCAAAAGAAGAAUUCUUUAGAGUAGAGAGAGAGAGUAAACUGUGUGUCCCACUGUGUGAGAGAGAAAGUCUGAAAAAUGGAAGGCAAAGAAGAAGAUGUGAGACUCGGAGCCAACAAGUUCAACGAGAGGCAGCCAAUUGGCACGGCAGCUCAGAGCCAAGACAAGGACUACAAGGAGCCACCACCGUCCCCGUUGUUCGAAGCCUCUGAGCUCAGCUCCUGGUCCUUUUACCGAGCCGGAAUCGCUGAGUUCAUCGCCACUUUCCUGUUUCUUUACAUCACUGUCUUGACCGUCAUGGGCGUGUCCAAGUCCCCCAACAAGUGCGCUUCUGUCGGAAUUCAGGGCAUUGCUUGGGCUUUCGGUGGCAUGAUCUUCGCUCUUGUUUACUGCACUGCUGGCAUUUCCGGAGGGCAUAUUAAUCCGGCGGUGACGUUCGGGCUGUUUUUGGCACGAAAGUUGACGGUGACAAGGGCGGUGUUCUACAUGGUGAUGCAGUGUUUGGGAGCCAUCUGUGGAGCUGGAGUAGUCAAAGGUUUUGAAGGAAAGAGGCAAUAUAAUCUUCAAGGUGGUGGUGCUAAUGUUGUAGCUCAUGGUUACACCAAAGGGGAUGGUUUGGGUGCUGAGAUUGUUGGUACCUUUGUCCUUGUUUACACCGUCUUCUCAGCCACUGAUGCCAAGCGUAGCGCUAGAGACUCCCAUGUUCCUAUCUUGGCACCAUUGCCCAUUGGAUUUGCUGUUUUCUUGGUUCACUUGGCCACUAUCCCCAUUACCGGAACUGGUAUCAACCCAGCCAGGAGUCUUGGUGCAGCUAUCAUCUUCAACAAGGACCAUGCGUGGCAUGAUCACUGGAUCUUCUGGGUAGGACCAUUCAUUGGAGCAGCACUGGCAGCGCUUUACCACCAGGUUGUGAUCAGAGCAAUUCCAUUCAAGUCCAAGUAAAUCCAUUGACCGGAUUUAAUUUAUGUUUGUGGUCCCUUGAUAAAUGUUUAAAGUUUUUAAGAAGCUUAAACCAGCUGAGUUGUUUGUAUGUCUGUUUCUUCACCUCCCCUUUUCCUUGUUUGUUUUUCAGUGGAUCUAUGUAUGUAUCUAUCUGUUUGUAACUUUUUUUCCUAGAGAAUUUAUGUGACAAUGGCAUGUUGAGUAGGGACUUUAAAUUGCUUUUGGA